GACAAUGAUAGGGUAUAAUUUUUAGGGUCCGAAGGUAUAUUUGAUCGAAAAAUCGGCCACACUGCUCUUUCCGGUUGGAUUUUUGACAAAUCAACAACACAACAGAAAAAUGGCCAAGCGCACCAAGAAGGUCGGAAUCGUAGGUAAAUAUGGUACCCGUUAUGGUGCCUCCCUGCGUAAGAUGGUCAAGAAGAUGGAAAUCACCCAGCACAGCAAAUACACUUGCUCGUUCUGCGGAAAGGAUUCCAUGAAGCGCGCUGUUGUCGGCAUCUGGUCCUGCAAACGCUGCAAGCGUACCGUUGCCGGUGGUGCCUGGGUGUACUCCACAACCGCUGCCGCGUCCGUGCGCUCCGCUGUCCGUCGUCUGCGUGAGACCAAGGAACAGUAAAAACAUUGCUUUAAUGCUCCCCGUUAUGCUAGUUCCAGUAGUUAACCCUGGAAGGAUUAUACUCCUUUAAGGGCUAAUAGACAACGCGAUUUUCUUGUGGUUUGCGCCGCGCCGGUCAAGUGAAAAAUAAUAAAAAAUUCAUUUUACUUUUAUAAGUAA